CCUCUCUCUCAUUGGUUAGGGGGCUUGGAAAAAAGAGACUCGGCGAGCCCUCGCUGUGGUGCUGCCGCCGCCGCCGCCGCCGCCGCUGGAGUUGACUCUUCUGCUCGCACUGCUGCUGCAGCACAAACGUGACUUCCAACAUUUUUUAUUUAUCUUUCCUUUUUCUUUUCCAAGAUGUAACUACGGAUCAGACACUAAGGACCUUCACGUUUCGCUGAUGUAGUUUUUGGAGGAAAAAGGGGGGGGAGUGAAGGGCGUCGGUUUUUUUUUUUGUGUGUGUGUGUUUCGGGGGAAAUUUUCCAUUAUGAGUGUUUUACUAAAGUGAAAUUUUUUUUUGUUUGCUUCGUCUUUGGCUUUUUUUUUUUCCUUCCCAAUUUCGGAUUUAUUUCAAGGCGAAUCGGGCUUUGGGGGAAGAGGAAGAAAAGUCGGAUUCCAAGAUCAACCACCACCACCAACAACAAUAAAAACCACCAGGAUAUUUUUUUGCAAAUUUCUGACGGCUUUAAAUUCAUGAAGCAAUUGUCCCCUUUUGCAAUCAGCAUUUGGAUCUCAGAAUGAGCAAGGAAAGACCCAAGAGGAAUAUCAUUCAGAAGAAAUACGAUGACAGUGAUGGGAUUCCAUGGUCAGAAGAAAGGGUGGUACGUAAAGUCCUUUAUUUGUCUCUGAAGGAGUUCAAGAAUGCCCAGAAGAGGCAGCAUGGUGAAGGCAUUGCUGGGAGCCUGAAAGCAGUGAAUGGGCUCCUUGGUAAUGGCCAGUCUAAGGGAUUAGGACCAGCAUCAGAACAGUCAGAGAAUGAGAAGGACGAUGCAUCCCAAGUGUCCUCAACUAGCAACGAUGUUAGUUCUUCAGAUUUUGAAGAAGGGCCGUCGAGGAAAAGGCCCAGGCUGCAAGCACAAAGGAAGUUUGCUCAAUCCCAGCCGAAUAGUCCCAGCACAACUCCAGUAAAGAUAGUGGAGCCAUUGCUACCCCCUCCAGCUACUCAAAUUUCUGACCUCUCUAAAAGGAAGCCUAAGACAGAAGAUUUUCUUACUUUUCUCUGCCUUCGAGUUUUCAAUGGUUCCAGCAGGUCAUCACGGGAGAAGGAACCUGUUCAGAAACACAAAAGCAAAGAGGCCACUCCGGCGAAGGAGAAGCACAGUGAUCCCCGGGCCGACGGCCGGAGGGAGCAGGCUUCCACGAGCCACCCCCCAGCGGCCCCCUCCGCGGGCUCCUCUGCCAGGGGGCUCCCCGCUUACCACCACCCCCCUCUGCAUCGGUCGGCUCAGGACUUACGGAAACAGGUUUCUAAGGUCGGCGGAGUCACUCGAAUGUCAUCUCUGGGUACAAGUGCAGCCAGUGCCAAAAAGAUGCGCGAAGUCAGACCUUCACCGUCCAAAACUGUGAAGUACACUGCAACGGUGACGAAGGGGACUGUCACAUACACCAAAGCCAAGAGGGAACUGGUCAAGGAAACCAAACCUAAUCACCACAAGCCCAGUUCAGCUGUCAACCACACAAUCUCAGGGAAAACUGAAAGUAGCAAUGCAAAAACCCGAAAACAGGUGCUAUCCCUCGGGGGGGCGUCCAAGUCCACCGGGCACACCGUCAAUGGCCUCAAGGUCAGUGGCAGGUUGAACCCAAAGUCAUGCACUAAGGAGGGCGGGGGGCGGCAGCUGAGGGAGGGUCUGCGGAACUCCAAGCGGAGGCUGGAAGAGGCGCCCCCGGGCGACAAGCCGCAGUCGCCCCCCAAGAAGAUGAAGGGGGAGGCCGGUGCUGCGGAGGGUCCCGGCAGGAAGGCGGCCCCGGCCCCCGCGGAGAAGGCGCCGCCUGGCGGCCACGGGAAGAAGGAGGUGCCCGAGCGGAGCCUGGAGAGGAACCGGCCGAAGCGGGUGUCGGCCGGCAAGGGCCCGCCGGGCAGACAAGCACACGGCAAGCCGGACGGCGCCCCCUGUGAAAAUCGUUCUACCUCGCAAUCGGAGCCCCUGCCCCGGCCGCACGAGGCGGCGGCCAAGGCCGAGAAGGGGGCCGGCAGGGCCGGGUGGGCGGCCAUGGACGAGAUCCCCGUCUUGCGGCCGUCGGCCAAGGAGUUCCACGACCCGCUCGUCUACAUCGAGUCGGUGCGCCCUCAGGUGGAGAAGUACGGCAUGUGCAGGGUGAUCCCGCCCCCGGACUGGCGGCCCGAGUGCAAGCUCAACGACGAGAUGCGCUUCGUCACGCAGAUCCAGCACAUCCACAAGCUGGGUCGGCGCUGGGGCCCCAAUGUGCAGCGGCUGGCCUGCAUCAAGAAGCACCUCAGAUCUCAGGGCAUCACCAUGGACGAGCUCCCACUCAUAGGAGGCUGUGAGCUCGACCUGGCCUGCUUUUUCCGGCUGAUUAACGAGAUGGGCGGCAUGCAGCAAGUGACUGACCUCAAAAAAUGGAACAAACUAGCAGACAUGCUGCGCAUCCCCAAAACCGCCCAGGACCGGCUGGCCAAGCUGCAGGAGGCCUACUGCCAGUACCUGCUCUCCUAUGACUCCCUGUCCCCCGAGGAGCACCGGCGCCUGGAGAAGGAGGUGCUGAUGGAGAAGGAGAGCCUGGAGAGGCGCAAGGGGCCCCUGGAGGGCCACACGGAGCAGGACUACAACCGCUUCCACCCGCUGCCCCGCUUCGAGCCCAAGAACGGGCUCAUUAACGGCGUGGCCCACAGGAACGGCUUCCGCAGCAAGCUGAAGGAGGUGGGCCCCGCGCAGCUCAAGACGGGGCGGCGGCGACUCUUUGCUCAGGAAAAGGAGGUGGUGAAGGAGGAGGACGACAGAGGCAUCCUCAGCGACUUCCACAAGUGCAUAUAUAAGGGGAGGUCUGUUUCUUUAACGACUUUUUACCGAACAGCAAGAAAUAUCAUGAACAUGUGUUUCAGCAAGGAGCCCGCACCAGCUGAAAUCGAGCAAGAGUACUGGAGGCUCGUGGAGGAGAAGGACUGCCAUGUGGCCGUGCACUGCGGCAAGGUGGACACCAACACCCACGGCAGCGGCUUCCCGGUGGGAAAAUCAGAACCGUUUUCAAGACACGGAUGGAACCUCACCGUCCUCCCCAAUAACACAGGCUCCAUCCUGCGUCACCUUGGUGCUGUGCCUGGAGUGACAAUUCCCUGGCUAAAUAUUGGCAUGGUCUUUUCUACCUCAUGCUGGUCUCGAGACCAAAACCACCUUCCCUACAUUGACUACUUACACACUGGUGCUGACUGCAUUUGGUAUUGCAUUCCUGCUGAGGAGGAGAACAAGCUCGAGGACGUGGUGCACACCCUGCUGCAAGCCAACGGCACCCCCGGCCUGCAGAUGCUCGAGAGCAACGUCAUGAUCUCCCCGGAGGUGCUGUGCAGGGAGGGGAUCAAGGUGCACAGGACCGUGCAGCAGAGCGGCCAGUUUGUCGUCUGCUUCCCGGGAUCCUUUGUGUCCAAAGUGUGCUGCGGCUACAGCGUCUCUGAGACCGUGCACUUCGCCACCACCCAGUGGACGAGUAUGGGCUUCGAGACAGCCAAGGAGAUGAAACGUCGCCACAUAGCUAAGCCAUUCUCCAUGGAGAAGUUACUCUAUCAGAUCGCACAAGCGGAAGCGAAAAAGGAAAAUGGUCCCACUCUCAGUACCAUCUCAGCCCUUUUGGACGAGCUCAGGGACACGGAGCUGCGGCAGCGGCGGCAGCUGUUCGAGGCGGGCCUCCACUCCUCCGCCCGCUACGGCAGCCACGAGGGCAGCAGUGCCGCGCCCGACGGGAAGAAAAAGCCUCGGAAGUGGCUGCAGCUGGAGACCUCGGAGAGGAGGUGUCAGAUCUGUCAGCACCUGUGCUACCUGUCCAUGGUCGUGCAGGAGAACGAGAAUGUGGUCUUCUGCCUGGAGUGUGCCCUGCGCCACGUGGAGAAGCAGAAGUCCUGCCGCGGCCUGAAGCUCAUGUACCGCUACGACGAGGUCAGUGCCUCGCGGGGUGGCAGCGGUCCCCUGCCCGCGUGGUCCAUGUCACAGCUCGUCGUGACCGCGUGCAGCCGGCCUGGUUCCAGGUGCCUUCUGGCCGGACGGUGCCUGACGUGGUGGGAAGGUAGCUCCUUGCGCCAAGGUGGGGGAGUGGGCAGGUCCGGCUCGAGUUCCACUGGCCUGGAGAAACCAGGAGCUGAGGCUGCAGGGACUUUUGUCCUUGUCCGCGCUUUGUCGUGCCCCAGCGAGCCCGUCCGCAGCGCGCUCAGCUCUGCUUUCCCUCCUGGCCUCGGUGCCUCGGUUCAUAAGGAGUUCGGUUUCAGGGCGUGGCUGCCCCACUGUCUGGAGGGGACUGUGCCUUCAAUCUCCAGUCGGGGCCCAGAACAGACUGAGACCGAAAUCGGCAGGGCCAAGCCAGGGCUCCCCUUCCCUCCAGGCCGAGGGCCGCUUCGGGGGCCUUGGGGCUGCGUCCGUCUGGUCUCUGUGUCCUCAGAGCAGCCCGGGACUUGGCCUGAGGAGCCUUCCUGGCCCCAGCCCCGCGGGGCCAGGGCCUCUGGGACACAAAGUGCUGAUCGCCGUGCCCGUCUGCCCGUGUCGGCGUCCCUCCCCCGCAGCUCCCAGCGGUUCUGCUGUGGGUCUGCCCGUGGUGAACUUCAGAGCCUGCGGCCACUUGCUGAGCUAUGGGCAGCGCCCGAGGGGGCGGCCCUGGGAGCGCCCGCGCCCUUGUCCUUACCCCGGGGCCUCGGCAGACACGGAGCCUUUCACUGUUUGCUCCUGAAGGCUUCAACUUCUGAAUAAAUCCCAGUUCCACCCUCUCUGAAAACCGCAGCCGUCCCCAGAGGCAGGUCCGUACGAGGUGCUUUCUGUGUUGGCUGGUCUCCACUGCCCGUUAGGUGCCCCCAUGGGGAGGGCGCUUCUUCAGCCGGCACGGAGCACUGAGGGCUCCGCUUCCAGAGCAGCCUUUCUCGUCUCGUCACGUGUGUUUUACGUGCUUCCAGGCUGCUCUGCGAUUGCGUUUCCGGGUACAAGCUCGCAGCUCCGGAGACACGUGGCCCUUUUUUUUGGGGGGGGGGUCACCUUGGGAGACUGCUCUGGGGACCCCGUUGCCCCUCUUGGCCCGCCCUCUUCCAGAGAAGCGUCCUCCUCCCUGUGGUGUCUGGCCGUGAGCCCCUCUCUGAGGGUGGAACCUGCCGGCUCUCCCAUCCCCACUGCCCCCGAAACCUGGGGCCGACAGUCCCACGUAAGGCGGCCUCAUCCGGCCAUCACACAUGGCAGCCCCGGGCAGGGCCGGGCCGGGUGCCCCGGGAGGCGAUGGGGGCACCCGUGGGGUCUCAGGCUGUGGUCAGACUUGAUCAGAAGCCUUUGGCUAAAUUGUAAGAUUGGAAAGCUGAAAAUAGAUCUCUUUGCAUCUUCUUUGUUUUUAAAGAGCAUGUUCAGCGAAGGCAAUAACCACUUUCCCCUCCCUGCUUCUUCACUUGAACAGCAAAUGUCAGAACACGGUUAAAAAUAAACCCUCGUGUCUGAGUCAGAGCAUCUCUGGCAACUCGCAGGGUACAGCCGGCGGCGCUGGGGCUUCUCGAGAUGAUUCUGAAGCUCGACAAAACGUGGGUUAGUUUCCACCUCCAGCCCAUCUUGGAGCUAGGUGUCUUGAUGUGACCAAAAUCCUGGAAAAGAAUCACAUAUGUAGUAGGGUCUGUCGGUCUGAAGCUUAAUCAUUGGUUCUCACGCAUAGGGAAAAGGUUUUGUCAGCCUCCUACUUUGCCAGUGGCCUGUUUUAGUAAAUGAAAAUCACAAGUCAGUUCCCUGUUGAGUUGAACUGUAUUUUUUUUUUUUUUUUUUCCUUUUUUAAUUGGGGAAUUUUCAGCUCUGGGUUGGAUCUCAGAAAUGGCUUUUGAGAGCACAGCUCUGGUCUGAGCCCUGGUGCCCGGCAGUCAGACCCCUCUAUCCAGCUGUUCGGUCCCACAGGUGCAGGCGGGCGGGCGGCUGCCUCCUCGGACCCCCUGCUGCCCAGGUGGCUUUAGCUGCAGGUAACUGGGCUUUACUGAAGCUCAUCUGUUUGUUCUUCAUUAGCAUGGGUAUCCUAAGUGCUUUAAGUGGCCCAACGAUGUCUGCAGUGCCUGGGAGCAGGCCUGGGCCCGGACUAGGCUGACCCUCAGGCUUGAGUGAAGGAGUGGCCUCCUGUCCCCGUGUCCUCCUGGUCUGUCCGUCCCUGGCUCCAGCAGGUGCUCUGCAGUGUAUGUCAGAACAUGGGCCAUUUUAAUACUCCUCCACGUGGUUUCUUUUAAAACUGGAUGGUUGCGAGUUGUGUUAAAGUUACACAUGUAUUUUUGACGCCAACAGAUAGAUGGUUCUCUUGUUGCGUUUGUUCUCUCCCCUUCGCUGAGGAGGGAGUGAGAAACGUUUACAGACACGUGUUUGUAUCCAUCUGCAAGAGCAGGUUAAGUAGGCUCCAGAGUAGCCAGAGAGAGCAACAAGCAGCCCCCAGGCAUUUGUCACCGUGCAGGGAGCCAGGUGAGGGGCCCUGGGCCCUCAAGCCUGAGUCUGCCCUCACUUCCCAGCCCUCCCCGUCCUGCUGGGGCCCCGGGCGGCCUCUCAGCCCCGAGGAGGUGCCCAGGUGGCGGCAGCAGGAAGCCUGCUGCUGUGUUGUCUCGGCGGCGAGGGACCUCGUGGACACGGGUGAAGGUACAGACCAGAUGGGAAAGCAGCUCUAAGGAAACAGCCCCACACUUACUCUGGUUUCGGGGCUGCAGGUAUUUCAGGGCUUUCAGCUCGUGAACGUUUGGACUUUACAGCCACCAGGGGGCGCUCCUGGGCUCCCUGGAGGGGGAAGUGGGGUUAGGAAGCUGCCCAUCAGGAAAGGACCUGGCGUACCGUUUCCUUGGCUUCCAGAUGAGAAAAGGCAGGUUUCUCCCCGAGAAGGAGUGUUUCGUUUAGGUGCCUGGCCAGGGGACCUCGGUCUCGGGAAGUUGUUGUCCUAACCAGCUCCCAGGCCGCCGCACCCGGGAACCUCGGGGCGGAUUUCCAAGGCCACCCAGCCCUCCCCACCCCACCCCCUCGGUGCCGCUCUGACGUGGUUUGAUGAAGGUGACUCCCUGGGGGGUCCUGGCGACGCUCUUCCGUUGGCUAAUCCUGUGUCUUCCUUUCAACCCGAAACAGGAACAAAUUAUCAGCCUGGUCAAUCAGAUCUGUGGCAAGGUAUCUGGUAAAAACGGCAGCAUUGAGAACUGUCUCGGUAAACCCACACCAAAAAGAGGGCCCCGCAAGAGAGCGACGGUGGACGUGCCGCCCUCCCGGCUCGCCGCUGCCUCCUCCUCGUGAAGACGCCAGCACCGUGGGCCGGGGAUAGAUAUUUUUCUGUAAUUAUUAUAUUCUAGUUUGGAGUACUGGCUGUAGGAUACAAGCUGUCUUUGCACUAGCUCUGAAGAAGAUUUUCUUCUGGUUUUAGAGAACUAAUUUUGUUUUAGCAUUAAACUGUUGAACUUUUUUUGUACUUAGGAUACCUAGAUACUGCAGUCAGAUUUUUGAAACUGCCGUAUAUUCACUGUUUUAAAACCCUUGAGGGGCUGUUAUUAAUUUGUAUCGCCCCUUGUGGCUGACAAAAGCCUUUUUUGUUUGAUUUUUGUUUGUGUUUUUUUGUUUUUUUUUUUGUUUGUUUUUUUUGUAAUUGUUGGGGGGAAAAAAGGCUUUUUUAACCCAGUUUUGAAGAGGGUAAAGUUUGGAGAACAAAUUUUAAAACCAUCAGUAAUGUGAGAUUUUUUUCUAGAGAGGAAAAGGGAUAGGAGACACACACACACACACACACACACACACACACAAAACUUGAAAGAAAUGGCUUUACUUUGGCUGUCUUUUCUUCUGUCAUGCGCAGGACGAGUUUGUAAUUGUUAAAACCGGAGAAUCCCCAUUUUGUUUCUUUGGGUGGUUAUGGCAGCUGAAGGUGGACGUUGUUUCCUAACCAUAGGCAAAAUGAGGAGGUCGGAGUGACUAGGUUCUCUUUACCAGCACAUCACUAUGCAUCUGCUUAAGGAAAAAAAGGAGAAGAAAAAGACUGCCUGCCUUGGAGGGGGUCACGUGAGGGAAACCCGUGCCUGAUUUCAUUAGGAAAUCCAUUCUGUUAUUUUUUGGUGCUGUUGGCUACUUUAUCAAAAAACCCUUCAAUAGCAUCCUUAAAAAAAAAAAAAGGAAAAAAGUGAUUGAAGCCGUUAAGUGCUUCUUUGUCAUGGAUGUGCAAUCUUUCUAACAUUCCGUCUUCAUCUCACAGCUUGUUGUUUUACACCUUCACAGGUCAGCAUUAAUCUUUCUUUUUAAACUCGUUCUGUUGGCGAUCACAUCUAGAGCCACUAGGAGGUCUGCCGUUCUUUUUGAAUGUGAAAAUGUAUCUGCGCUCAUCUGGUCUAUUUUUUCUCUUCAUGUUGUAACAAAAAGAAAAAAAAAAUCCCGUCCCUUUUGUACAUACGCCUGUAAAUUGUUUUAAAUACUUGAGCCUUUUUCUGGGUGGGGGAGGGGAGGGGUGAGAAGACGAGAUGAAGAAAAGCCUUACACUUCAGUUUCUUCAUCGGUGGAUUGGAUGCUUACAGGGUUUUUCUUGUAACGUUUAUAAGUGCUGCUUACGUCACUGAACAACAACAACAAAAAUAAUAAUGGAGUAGCUGUUGCCCUUCUCCGGUUGUGUGUACAGUAUGUGUGGAAUAAAAAAGGGAAACUGUUUUCACAA